AUGGAUGUGUCUGGAAGGAACUGGCUUGGACUUUCUUCUGACCUCCUUCAGAGGAAGGAGCCAACCGUUUUUGUUGGUGCUAUGACACCAAGGAAGCCAGAACAGUGUUAUGUAUUCAUCGAGAGAAGCGCCUAUUCGUGCUCUUCAUUAACAGCAGCAGUUGACUACUGCUACAAGAUGUUUCAAGUACUACAGCUGGAUUACCCCGCCCAGGCAGCUGUGAUAUGGGACUUCUUUGGUCGUCUUAUUUAUGGAAUUCGUACCAAGGAAGUGUCAGCCUACCAGAAGAAGUCUACUCAUCAAACCAAUGCUACCAAGCAUAGUGUCCAGACUUCACUUGCCCCAAAGAAGCCAACUCCAGCUGUCAAAAAUAAACGUGCUCAGGGAUCUCAACUGAAAGAAAAGCCUGCUCACCAAACCAAGAUGACUGCACAACUCCAAGCAUUCCGCAUUCCCAGGAAGGUGUCUGCAGAUCCACCACAUGUGAGCAAACCUGCCCAGUCUCAGAUCCAAGUUCAACUUCAAGCACCACAGCCGCAACACAGUAGACCAUCUUUAAGCUGUACUACUGGGGAAAUACGACAAGUGAGGGACACUUCGGAUACACCUAGCAAAAAGCAGAAGACUGGGAAAGUUGUUGGCAAGGCAACAAGCUCAACAGUGCACAAGGCUGGAACUUCCAGUCAUCCCAGUACGAUUAAAGUUUCUAGUAAAAUGACUGGAAAUGUUUUUUUUUUAAAACAAGAUGUGGAGGAAAGAAAGAAACAAGACAGACAGUAAAGGAUAAAACAAGACAGGAAAGAGUUCUGAAUUGCACUCAAACCUAAUAUUAGCCAUUGCACAUUUUCUCAGCCACAGCAUCAUUGCGUUUGACAAGAAUAGUGUCAUCCUCCAGACGAGAAUUCCUCCUAUACACAAGCUGAAAGAAGUACUAGAAAGCCUACUGCGUGACUUGUACAGCAAAUUUGUAACCCCACAAGCAAUCAUUGCAGCCACAUACUUGACCCUUCUGGACUACAAGAACAAGGA